GAAGGCCCCUUCUUGUCCCCACUCCUCCCUCCUCAGAGAUCUGAAACAAACAAUGGGGGGGUCUACCCCCCACAUUACCCAGGAGCCAGUGAGUAGCCCUCUCCAGGGUCAUGGGAACCACUCUGGGAGAACAGGAAAAUCCAGUUGCCAUGUCUCUUGAUGCCCCCAACACCAGCACUGAGGGCCCAGGGCAAAGAGGCCAUUUCCACAUCUCAUCUGCCAUCUGAGAAGUGAGGUAGCCACAAUGGGGUCUUGGAUGCCUCUCUUCCUCCUCCUGGUCCUCCUCAACAGUUCACAUGCAACAGGGCCAAAGGUGACUUUGAAAGUAAAGCUGAGGGAGGCCUUCCAGGCCAAGGUCUCCCAGGACUCCAGCCUUCUCCACAUGCUCCAAAAGAUCUGCAUCCUCCUCCACCUCCCACCAGGGGCCAACAUGACCCUCCAUCACAAAGGGCCACCACACCACCUAACCUGCAGAACCUGAGGACCUGUGUGGAGCCUGAGCACAGGCUUCAGGAGUAGGCACUGGGAGUGAGCAUGCAGACCCUUGCCCUACCGAAUGCUAAUAAACAAGUGGAAUCUAAUGACUGGCUUGGUGUAUCCAGUGGGUCUGUGCGCACAGGGCAGACAGGAAAAGGGAGCUGUAUGCCAGGCUGUCUGACUGAUUCUCCUGUUCGCUGAGAAGAGGUGCCAGGUGACGAUCCCUGAACACCACUGAGGCCUG